AUGGCUUCUUCUAGGAAUUCAUUUAAAUUGGUCAUAUUCAUGGCUUCUCUCGUUGUAUCAAUGAGUCAAUCAGAGCAGGCAUGGCAGAAUGCCCAUGCAACAUUUUACGGUGACUUAGCUGGAGGAGAAACCAUGAUGGGAGCUUGUGGGUAUGGUGAUCUUCACAAGCAGGGAUAUGGACUUGAAACUGCUGCACUAAGCACGGCAUUAUUCAACAAUGGAGCAACAUGUGGAGCUUGUUUCGAGAUUAAGUGCGUUAAUACUCCUCAAUGGUGCAUACCAAAUGCUGGCACUAUUAAAAUAACCGCUACAAAUUUUUGUCCUCCCAAUUACUCUAAACCUGAUGGAAACUGGUGUAAUCCGCCACUAAAACAUUUCGAUUUGUCCAUGAAAAUGUUCCUUACUAUUGCUCGUUAUAGAGCUGGGAUCGUUCCUGUUCAGUAUCGCCGAGUCGCAUGUAUUAAACACGGAGGAGUUAAGUUUGAGAUUAAAGGUAAUCCUUAUUGGAUCUUAGUUUUGGUUUACAAUGUCGGAGGAGCCGGUGAUGUUACUAGAGUUGAAAUUAAAGGAUCUAAAACUAAUUGGAUACCGAUGUCACGUAAUUGGGGCAUGAAUUGGCAGACAGGAGUCAAGCUUGUUGGACAAAGUCUUUCCUUUCGAGCUACCACAAGUAAUGGAAAGACUUUACAAUUUAACAAUGUUGCGGCUUCUAAUUGGCAGUUCGGUAGUACUUUCGAUGGAAAGAUAAAUUUUUAG